AUGAGCAGCGCAGACGUCAUAGAUGCGCUCUUUGUAAAGACAGUCGACAUGGUCCAGUCGCUGCCCAAAUCAGGACCCAUACAGACAUCCUACGAGGAGAAGCUGGCCCUAUACAGCCUAUACAAGCAAGCCACCGAGGGCGACGUCUCGUCCAAGCGUCCCGGCAUGCUCGACAUGCUCGGCCGCGCAAAGUGGGACGCAUGGUCCAAAGUAAGCGGUCUGCCUCCCAGAGACGCAAAGCAGAUGUAUGUCGAAUCCAUGCUCAGGAUCCUGCGUCGAUUCAGCGAUCGUCCUCAAGCAGCAGCCCUCAUCCAGGAGCUCGAAAACUUUUCCGGCCAAGUCGCACAGCGAGUCAUGGACGGUUCUCUAGCCCAAGUCGAUUCCGACGACGACUCGCUCACCGAUACCGACACGGAUGACCAGCAGCGACUCGAUCCCACCGGCCUUCACCAGCAAUCCUCGCACCCCUCUCGCGCCGCCCCACCACCCGUACCCCACCACCUUGCUCCCAACGCUCCCUCCGUCACGGGCACCAGCACGGCUGCCACCCGCGGCGGCGGUCCCGCCUCGGUCAUCACUCCCGGCAGGACUCCCAUUGCGUCAGCAUCAGAAUCCGAGUCUGACGACGACGAUCGUCUUGGCUCCCAGCCAGGCCCUUUCCGAGCCGCACCUCGCCAUACCAGCUCCCAUGCUCCACCUUCUGUCCAGUCAUACCGUCCACAACCCCGAGCUGGCUCCGUCUCGGCCACCGAAGGCUACAGCAGAGGUCCACCUUCGCGCUCGCACGUCUCGACAUCCGCUCAGUACUCUAGAGGUCCACCUUCGCUCCAGGGUGGCUAUUCGCGACCUCAAUACGCACCACAAUCCACUGCUGCUUCUGUGGCGGGUUCCAGCUACCCUCUCCAAGGUGAACCCGCUCACUAUCAACGCAGCACCUACGCCGCUUCCUCGGUCGGCGGUCGCUCUGUCGGCACAAGGACCGGUCCAACUCCUAUGUAUCCGCCUCGACCACCGUCCAACGCGGGAACUUCACGAGCUCAGCCUCGUCCCGAAAUGGAGACCGCGCUGCAGUCCAUUCAAGCAUCGCUUGCAGCGCUUCACGAGCGCCUCAACCGUGUCGAGAGCCGCUCCUCGGCCGGCGGCGCAGACGAUCCCCGACGCGCGCGUCCUGGAUCAGGUCAAACGACCAGCACAUACAUAUACAACGCCAUCAUGAAUAUCGUCGACGACGUCAGACAGCUCAUCGGGUUGAAUGCCACGGCGCGAGCACAAGGCUCCGAGGCGCUUGCACCCAGCUUUGUCGCACAAGGUGGCGGCGGCUCGACCAACCGCAGCAGUGCGGCAUACAGCCUCUUGACUUCGCCCGUGCGCAUCUUUGUAGCCUUGGUCAAUCUGAGCGCAAGGCUGGCGCUCGAUGUCGUCAGUUUGGUGCUCGUAUCGAGCUUCUUCUUGUACGGCUUCAAGCGCAUUACAGGGCGUGGCGAUCCAUUGUUGGCCAUCCGGCUUCUCAAAAGGCUGCAGCAGGCGGUGCUCAGAAGGUCGCCUGCAGCGAAGCAGCUAGUGGGCGAGGCGGGUGUAUGA